CAACCCCUAUUCUCCCUGGGGUACGGCCACUUCGUCACUUCUUGUUACAGUGCUGCUGUCUUGAAGAGAUGAAGCCAACAAUUCUGUUGUUGUGUCUUUCGUUGGCACCUUGGGUCACUGAAUCUGCAGCUGUGAACAAUACAACAGCGACAACAACAAAAGCUCCCGCGAGUUCAGGGUUGAUCACCAACACUACCUUAGCUCAGGAAUGGUUGAAGGAGUACAACAGUCAGGCACAGAUUGUAUACAAUCAUAGAGAGAUAGCCGCAUGGAAGUACGAAUCCAACUUGACAGAUCAUAACAAGAAGUUAUCGAUUCAAGCAUCCAUAGAGAAGGACAACUUCAAGGUAGAAGCUAAGAAGAAUGCCUCUCAGUUUGAUUGGGAAAGCUUCACCGAUGACGAUCUCCGGAGAAAGUUCCAGAAGAUAUCAGAUGUGGGAACGUCAGCCCUACCGGAUAAGACCAAGCUGAUGAGGCUGAAUCAACUGGUAGCAGACAUGCAGUCGAUCUACAGCAAGGCUAAAGUGUGUUUGACCGGAGGUAGUUGUGAACAUUUGGAGCCAGGUCUGACUGAGUUAUUUGCCAAAAAUCGAGACUACGAGACUUUAUUGACGGCUUGGAAGACCUGGAGGGAUGUAACCGGCAAGCAGAUGAAGCCAUUGUAUGCGGAGUUCGUCCAGCUUAGCAAUGAGGCCAGCAGAAUUUCAGGCCACAAUGAUACCGGGGAGUACUGGCGGUCAUUCUACGAAGAUCCAAACUUCCGUCAAGAAUUGGAGGACCUGUACAAACAAAUCAAGCCACUGUACGAAAAUCUUCACAUCUACAUCCGCCGAAAACUGAAGCAAACGUACGGAGCGGACAAGUUCCCCAAAAGUGGGCACAUACCGGCACAUCUACUCGGAAACAUGUGGGCACAGCAAUGGGACAACAUAUUAGACGUCGUAUUACCAUACCCUAAUAAACAAAGCGUAGACGUCACACCGGAAAUGAUCAAACAGAAUUACACUUCGCUGAAGAUGUUCGAAACUGCCGAGAGUUUUUUCACUUCACUUGGCCUGAAAAAGAUGAGAGAGGAAUUCUGGAAUCGGUCAAUUAUUGAACGACCGGGCGACGGGCGACCUUUGACCUGUCAUGCCUCUGCUUGGGACUUUUUCGACGGCAAAGACUUUCGGAUAAAAAUGUGCACACGUGUGAACAUGGAGGACUUAAUAACGAUUCAUCACGAGAUGGGACAUAUCCAGUACUUCAUGCAAUACAGUGAUCAGCCGUUAAUAUACAGAGACGGGGCUAAUCCGGGUUUCCAUGAAGCCGUUGGAGACACCUUGGCGUUGUCCGUUGGCACAACGACACAUUUAAACACCCUACAUCUUCUUAAUAAACUGCCAAGUUUUGCAGACAAGGAAUUUCCCAUCAACCAUCUCAUGAAGAUUGCCCUGGAAAAGAUCGCCUUCCUGCCAUUUGGCUAUCUGAUAGAUCUUUACAGAUGGGAUGUGUUUAGUGGCGUUACUGCCGAAUCCCAAUAUAACAAACAUUGGUGGGGCCUCAGAUGUAAAUACCAAGGCUUGUCCCCUCCCGUAUGGCGGUCUGAUGACGACUUUGAUCCAGGUGCCAAGUUCCAUGUCGCUGCUAAUGUUCCCUACAUAAGAUAUUUCGUCAGUUUCAUCGUACAAUUCCAGUUUCACAAGGCACUGUGUGAUGAAGCAGGUCAAGCAGGUCUACCUCUCCAUCAGUGUGAUAUUUACAACUCCACUAAGGCAGGGACACUGCUAAGUAAAAUGCUUAAGAUGGGAUCCUCCAAACCCUGGCCGGAAGCCAUGAAUGUUAUCACGAAACAAAGAAAAAUAGACGCCACGGCACUGAUGGAGUAUUUCCAACCACUCACAGAGUACCUGAAGAAAGAAAACAAUGAUUCAAACGAUACUGUGGGGUGGACCGACAACUGUCCCACUCUAGACGAGGAAGAACGAGCGCAAGAAUGGCUGCAUAAUACCUACGAACCAUUAGCAGAGCUUAACUCUUACAAUGAAGCUGUAGCUGACUGGAACUACGACACAAAUCUGACCAAGCAUAACCAAGCUAUUACGCUGCAAAUGAACUUGGCGUACACGGCGUUUGCCAAGGAGGCCGCCAAAAAUGCAUCCAGUUUUGAAUGGAAAAACUUCCGGAACCCGGACACCCGGAGACAGAUGGAGAGUGUGACGGAUCUGGGCAUAUACGCUUUGGAUAAUACUACUAAAUUGAAAAGGCUGUCGGAGCUGACGUCACAGAUGGAGGGUAUGUACAGUAAGGGUGAAGUGUGUUUGGAGAAGGAUCGCUGUUUGGAGAUAGAGCCAGAUUUGACCCGCUUAAUGGCUUCUAGCAGAGAUUAUCAUGAGCUGGCAAAAGCCUGGGAAGGAUGGCGGAACGUCACAGGAAAACUCAUGAAGCCAUUGUACGAGGAGUUUGUCGAUCUAAGCAACGAGGCAGCACGAGCAUCGGGAAUUUACAACGACACUGGGGUUGCCUGGCGCUCAGCGUACGGUAAAAACGACACCUUGGCCGAUGACCUGGAGGAGCAGUUUAAGAAGGUCCGACCUUUCUAUGAACAAUUACAGGCCUACGUCCGUGGUAAACUCCGUCAGGUGUAUGGUAAAGCAUUGUUCCCAACCAGCGGUCAUAUCCCUGCGCACCUUCUUGGUAACAUGUGGGCCCAGCAAUGGAAUAACAUAUACGAUAUUGUCAAGCCUUACAAAGAUCAGCCAGCCAUUGAUGUGACACCUGAACUGAAGAAGCAAAAAUUCACAGCGCUUCGUAUGUUCAAGACAUCUGAGGAAUUCUACAAAUCUAUUGGGUUACUUCCAAUGCCAGAAACUUUCUGGAAUGAUUCAAUGAUCACCAAACCGACAGACGGUAGGAAGGUUGUAUGUCAUGCCUCAGCCUGGGACUUCAGUAAUAGACACGAUUACAGAAUAAAGAUGUGUACGGACAUAACAAUGGAGGACCUAAUCGUGAUUCAUCAUGAGAUGGGACACAUUCAGUACUAUCUCCAAUAUAAGGAUCUCCCUAUCACCUAUAGGACAGGUGCAAAUCCAGGAUUUCACGAAGCUGUAGGUGACACGCUGGCGCUCUCAGUAUCUACUCCAGGGCACCUCCGAAAAAUUGGACUUCUCACUUCGUCUAAUACAUCUUACGAAAGUACAAUUAACUUCCUGCUUAAGAUCGCACUGGAGAAGAUCGCCUUCCUGCCAUUUGGCUACUUGAUUGACCAAUGGCGGUGGAGCGUGUUCAGCGGAGAAACACAGCCACGUGACUACAACGAGAAAUGGUGGGAUCUGAGAUGUAAAUAUCAGGGAGUGUCUCCACCUGUCACUCGACAUGAAACGGACUUUGAUCCAGGGGCAAAAUACCACGUGGCGUCCAAUACUCCUUAUAUAAGAUAUUUCGUCAGCUUCAUCGUCCAGUUCCAGUUCCACAAGGCCCUAUGUGAUGCUGCUGGUCAUAAGGGCCCAUUACACGAAUGUGACAUUUACAGGUCAAAGGAAGCAGGAACACUCUUAAGUGACAUGCUGAAGAUGGGAGCGUCCAAGCCUUGGCCCGAUGCCAUGUAUCGAAUAACCGGCCAACGAGAGAUGGACGCCGGAGCGUUGAUGGAAUACUUUCAGCCUCUCAUAGACUGGUUGAAGGAGCAGAAUGUGAAUGAGAACUUAGGUUGGUCGACUAAGUGCCCGCCUCCGCCCGACUCUAUCCCCAAAAAUACCUGUAUGAGAGCUAACAAACGUACGGGGUCAUCCCCAAGACUUACCGUUACCUCACAUGUGGUGUUCUUAAGUAUUGCCCUGGGUUGGCUUCUGAAUUGUCGCUGAUGCUAUUAUUAAUAGAUCUCAAAGGUUGCAAAGAUUCCCCUGAAGGCUUGUACAUGCAUAACCUUUCAUCGGUAGCACUACAUGUUUCAUCAUGGUGACGAAUGUGAUAAUCCAGAUAUUUGCAGUAAAGACGUUUCCAGGCGUCACUGAGUAAAACCCAUUAUUUAGUGUGUAAUGUAUGUGUAAUUCUAGAGAUAAAUUAUGCAAAUGAUCUGAAAUAAUUAAGCCUUUCAAGUUCUGCUUUUGGUACCCAAUACCGCAUGUCUGUGUGUAUAUUCAAUGCGUUGGGUAACGGUAAAAUCAGAGUCCCAUGCAUGCAUGGGAGUAUACACAUGAUUUCAAGAUGUUUGACCAAUUUGUAAAUAUAAGCGGAUUGGCCAUUUGAUAUUAUUGAUUUAUUGAUAUCUUACAAUAUUCAAGUCUACACACAAAUUCCUGAAGACGUCUUAUAGAACAGUUAACAUUAACUGAAAAAAUCCAUACCUGACGAGGUUUUGUUACGUGCAUUAUAUUAAAUCAUUCUAGUGUGUUCAUAACGGAGUGAAUGUGCUGGCUCUUACCAAUGAUAAACAAAUACAAAUCACUCCAUGUAGUCAUAAAUGCGGUUUUUUCCCUGCCAUUCAGGCCUGUAAUCGAUCCAGUGGUUCAUCCCUUACAGCUGUUUGGCAUUUUUUCAAUUUUUUUAAUCUUUUUGUGUAUUUUUGCUUUUCCAUUGGUUUUCUCACAGGAUUUCUCGCUGCGUAUUUAAUCCAGGAUUAUCCGGGCAUUAAAAUAUUACAA